AUGAAAUGACGCCAGUAGGUCUUUUUGUUCUUGUAUAUACCUUUAAACUAGUAUUAGGGACACAGGAAGGUUUCAUAGUCGGGGGUAAUUAUGUUCACGCUAUAACAAAAUUCCCUCAUGUUGCUUUUUUGACUACGUACAGAGCGGAUUCUGCCGAUGAAUAUAUAUGUGGGUCAUCUAUACUGAACCAAUGGAUUUUGAUAACCGCCGCUCACUGUUUGGAUGACACUGCAAAAGCUAUAGCUUCUGUGGGUAACGUAAAUAGGGAGAUUGGAAAGCUCCACCGUGUGGCGAGUUUCAAGCAACACGAAAAUUGGGAUACAAUUAGAGUAAACCAUGACAUAGCUUUGUGUAGGCUGAAGAAACCGGUUUUGUUAGGACAUACGGUGAAGAGAGUGGUGAUGGUGAAGCACCCACCGAAAUCGAGGGUAGCGGACUUGGCUGGAUGGGGCGCUACCGAAGAAAAUGAUUAUACAGAAACUAUUCAGCUGAAACACACAAGACAGAAGCUGUGGAAUCAUAAACAGUGCAGAAAAGUCUUUAGCCGUGCACCCAAAGGAACUAUCUGUGGGGGCGAAGCUCGUGCAAGAGGAAAUUAUGCUUCAAAGGGAGACUCAGGUAGCGGGCUCCUAGUAGACAACAAAAUAAUCGUCGGGCUAGUCUCCUUCAAGGACCCCUCCGUCUCACGAAGUUUGGUGAUCUACACGGACGUACCAUACUUCUACGACUGGGUCAAACGCACAGCGAAACUCCUGAGAUGCUCGUGA